UGCGACAGACCGACUUGAAAAGCGCGUUGAACCACAAAGCCAAACCGAUCAUCGACGACGACACUAGACGACUCCCAUCUCUGUACAUUUAUUACUGCAAAUUGAAAUAUUGAAUCCAUAUUGAACGGAGGUAUCUGUAGAGAUGAUUCGGACUUUUCCAGCUGCAUUCGGAUUGUUGCUGCUGAUUGCGGCCUCCGAAGCUCUAUAUCCAAGUAGUUCUGAUGUUGUAGACCUAACACCAAGCAAUUUUGACCGCUUAGUGUUGCAAAGCGACCAUGUUUGGAUUGUUGAAUUUUAUGCACCAUGGUGUGGACACUGUCAACAGCUAGUACCCGAAUAUGGCAAAGCUGCAACAGCUCUCAAGGGUGUCAUUAAAGUUGGAGCAGUAAACGCUGAUGAGCACAAAUCCUUGGCAGGAAAAUAUUCUGUACAAGGUUUCCCGACUAUUAAAGUAUUUGGUUCAGAUAAAAACAAACCUGAGGAUUACAAUGGAGCACGAACAGCCCAGGCUUUUGUUGAUGCAGGAAUUAAUGCAGCGAAACAAAAAAUACAGGCUGCUUUGGGUGGCAAAAAAAGCAGCUCUGGUUCAAAGACAGGUAGCUCCAAAGAUGUAAUCGAACUUACCGAUGCAAACUUUGAUAAACUAGUACUUGGAUCGGAAGAUAUGUGGCUGGUUGAAUUUUAUGCUCCUUGGUGCGGACACUGCAAGAACUUGGCACCUCAUUGGGAGUCUGCGGCUUCUGAACUCAAAGGAAAAGUGAAACUGGGAGCCUUAGAUGCCACAGUGCACACUUUGAAGGCAAGUGAAUAUGGAGUACAGGGUUACCCAACGGUAAAAUUCUUUGCCCCGGGUAAAAAAGAUUCCGAUUCAGUUGGGGAAUACGACGGAGGACGCACCAGUAGCGACAUUGUAAACUGGGCUAUCGAAAAACUUGCCGAGAAUAUCCCUGCCCCUGAAAUUGUGCAAAUAUUGAACGAGCGGACUUUGAAAGAUACUUGUGAGAGUCGACCUCUGUGUGUGGUUUCGGUGCUUCCUCACAUUCUCGACUGUCAGGCAGAUUGCAGAAACGGAUAUUUGAAGGUCUUGAAAAAUUUGGGUGAAAAGUACAAGAAGAAGAUGUGGGGAUGGGUGUGGGCCGAGGCUGGUACUCAACCAAAUAUUGAAGAAGCGUUGGAAAUCGGUGGUUUCGGUUACCCGGCCAUGGCAGUUGUGAAUGUUAAAAAGAUGAAAUAUUCACUCUUAAGGGGAAGCUUUUCUGAAGAUGGUAUCGGCGAGUUCUUGAGGGACUUGAGCUACGGCCGAGGUGGUACCGCACCUUUGAAGGGAGCCCAGUUGCCACCCAUUUACGAAACAGAGCCAUGGGAUGGAAAAGAUGGCGAGCCCCCUCAGGAAGAAGACAUAGAUUUGAGUGAUAUUGACCUCGAUGAAAAAGACGAACUCUAGAUCAUGUAUAAAGUUUCCAAAGACAGUAAAAACAAUGAAUAAUUGAACUUCAAUCGAUAUCGAUUGAAUGUCGAAACGUGUUGGCGAUAUGGAGACUGAUCUGAUGGUAAAGAUGAUGACUUGAAAGCACAUCACAAAAUGUAUCGCGAUCACGAAUCCACGGGAGUUUCGAUUGAAAUCAUUGUAUUGUCAGUGCAUUCCUAAUAUAAGGUUUUUUUCAUAUUUUUUUUUUCCAAAACGGAAAUAUUAAUAAGCCUAAAAACUGUUACGUAAAUACAUAUUUUAACGAUCUUCUUCCUUGGGACAAAUGCCGUCUUCCGAAAAGCAGAAAAGAAAACCUGAAGGUCAUCCUUACCAUUAUAAUCGUAAUUACUGAUAAUUUUUAACAUCAUCAUUAUGAGUAUUGUUAAUAACGAAAUAUAACGAUUGUGUUUUGUAUUCCUUAAACUCAUUUCAUAUAUAUAUUGAAUACCUCGGAGUGCCCCCGAUAAAUCAAAAGAAACAUGCAACGUUUGCCUUGUGUGACUCUAAUUAAACUUGAAUUUCUUCUGGCGGCAAACUUAUAAGCUCACUGAGGGUCUGAGACGGAGCACAAAAAUUUGUCAACCCCAUGGAUAUUUUUGCGAAUAAAUUAUCUCACAAUA